UCAACCUGGUCACACUCACCCACCCAUACCUUAAUAGCACGCGCUAGAUCAACAAAGACCCCCUUUAAUCCUCGAUUUGUAUACCAGUUACUGCCAUUUAAAUCAGUUGAAUCAUGUGCACCGGCUCUCCCAGCAGCAAUGGAUCCCAGUCGGAGGAGAGCAGCACUCCAGAGCAGCAACAGCAGACGGAACCGGACACUGAAAGGCAGGGGGAACAGCUGCUUCGAACACCCACGCGUGCAGUCGUGGCGGCUGCCACGGCGGAGGACAUUCUAGCCGAGUACGGGAGCAACCUGAAGCUGCUAGAGUGCAAUCCACAGGUGGCCGAGCUGCUGACCAUCAUUCGCGACAAGAACACCACACGCAGCGACUUCAAGUUCUAUGCCGACCGUCUGAUCCGCCUGGUUAUCGAGGAGUCGCUUAACCAGCUGCCCUAUACCCACUGCGACGUGGAGACUCCCACAGGUGCCAUCUACGAGGGCCUGAAGUACCGCUCCGGAAACUGUGGAGUGUCCAUCAUUCGCUCCGGAGAGGCCAUGGAGCAGGGUCUGCGCGACUGCUGCCGGUCGAUACGCAUUGGCAAGAUCCUGGUCGAGUCAGAUGCCAAUACCCAUGAGGCGCGUGUUGUGUACGCUCGCUUCCCGGACGACAUUGGCAGCAGGCAAGUCCUGCUGAUGUAUCCAAUUAUGUCCACCGGGAACACUGUGCUGCAGGCAGUGAACGUACUGCGGGAACACGGUGUUCCCGAGAACUGCAUUAUCCUGUCGAAUCUGUUCUGUACGCCGGUGGCUGCCCGUACUGUUGUUCAGGCGUUCCCGAAGCUAAAGAUCCUAACCUCCGAGCUGCACCCGGUGGCUCCCAAUCACUUUGGACAGAAAUACUUCGGUACAGACUAGAUGAUAGGCAAAGUCGGCGAAUACUUGACGACUAAGCGCUGCUUAGGAUAGGUAGCUCCCAGUACGCCCUCCAACCUACACUUCGCUCCACUAACGGCUGCUCCUCUCUCUGUCCGCAGAUGGCAUUUGAAGCGACGUCCGGCGACGAUCUACCAAACUACUAUAGAAACUGUUAGCUUUUCACAAAACUGGCUUUUAAUGCAACUCUCAAUUACGUUACGUUGGUUACCCACUAUUUGUAAAUAUAGAAAAUGAAUAAAUAUUUAAAAGAAUUAAAAUCAAAA